AUGUCAGAUUUGAAGCGAAUAUCACAGCAAAGAUACUGGUGCGGGAUAUUGGCGUUAGCAGGUGUAGUGUUUAUUUGGGUCUCAUCAUCAUUUGCCAUGAAUAGCUUAUUUGGCGAACUCAGUUAUAAUAAGCCGUUCCUUGUUACCUAUCUAAAUACAGCGACAUUUUCAUUAUAUCUUUUACCAUUAUUAUUCAAAAGAUUGAAAUCAUUGCUAUCAGCUACUCAAUUGUCAAAACAUCAACAAUCUGAGGUAAGAAUUCGUUUUAACAAAUCAAGAUCUAAUUAUGCAGCCAUCCAACACCACAACUCCUCAACAUCGUUUGACGCAAUAACCACAGUAUCAAAGGAUACCAAACUAUCCACUUACGAUACUAUUAAAUUAAGCUUACAGUUUUGUAUCUUGUGGUUCUUGGCCAAUUAUACAACAAACGCUAGCUUAGCUUAUACAUCAGUGGGAAGCAGCACUAUCUUAGCCUCCAUGUCAGGUCUCUUUACGCUUGGUAUAGGUGCUAUAUUUAAAGUUGAAACAAUGUGCAUGACGAAAUUAAUGGCUGUCUUAAUCAGUUUUAUUGGCGUUAUAUUUGUUUCUUAUUCUGAUCACUUCACCCACAAUAACAAUAGUGGCGCUAAUUCAGACUUUACCAGUACCACGCCUCAACCUUUAUUGCCUAUUGAUGAUCCAAGCCAGCAUCAAAUUAUAACUGCUCCUCUUAUUGGAGAUAGCUUGGCCUUAUUGGGCGCUAUAUUCUACGGUUGUUAUACCACUCUUCUAAAAUUGAAAAUUGGCAAUGAAGACCGUAUUGAUAUGCCACUCUUUUUUGGAUUCGUGGGUGCAUUCAACGUCGUUCUUUUAUGGCCAUUGAUACCCUUAUUUGAUUAUGUUGGUCUGGAAUCAUUUCAAAUACCUAUGAAUGCAACUUUAUGGAUCGUUAUUUUUUUGAAUGCAUUUAUUGGUACUUUUUUGUCCGAUUAUCUGUGGCUGUUGUCUAUGCUUAUGACAUCGCCACUUGUCGUUACUUUGGGCAUAUCAUUAACUAUCCCGUUAGCAUUGUUAGGUGACGUUGUCUUCAAAGGAAUUAUACCCAAUCUUCAUUAUAUCCUUGGCGCUAUGUUGGUAGUGGUAGGAUUUUUGGCUAUCAAUACAACAGCAAUGAAAGAAGCAAGAGAAGAGACUCAGGAUGAAAUUCUAGCAGCGGAAAAUGAAGUGCUGUAG